GCCAGCUGUGUAUAAUAAAGUCCUCCCGGCGGUUGGCUCCUCUCCUCUGUCUAUACUCAGCACAGCACUUUAGUGGAGGAGGCAGAAGUAUGAACGUGUAUGGGCAGCACUCCUCUCCUCAUCCAGGACACCCCUAUCUCCCGGACAAGGCACUCUACAAUGAUAACUUCACCCUCUACCCUCCGCAGAGCCUCUGCCAGCCUCACAAGACUGCAUUCCACACGCCCACAUAUGUUGGCAAUGGCAUCAGUGACUUUCUAGCUCCGAAUAGCAGCCCAUACUGGUGGCUGAACGGGUCCGGUGCCAACCCCUCUCCUUACCUGAAUGGAGGGGCAUCCCCUGCCUUUGGAGGCAGCCAGGCUCAGGUGGUGGCUCCUCAUGGGUAUGGUCCAUCAGAGAUGCCGUGGCGACCUUUCCCCACCCAGGAGGAGCUGCUCCAGAUGGUGAGACCACCCUUCUCCUAUUCUGCCCUGAUCGCCAUGGCCAUCAAGAACAGUCCCACCAAGAAGCUCACCCUCAGCCAGAUCUACACCUAUGUGACCGAUCACUUUCCUUUCUACAAGAGGAACAAAGCUGGCUGGCAGAACUCCAUCAGACACAACCUGUCCCUCAAUGACUGCUUCAAGAAGGUGGUCAGGGAAGGCGAUGACCCAGGGAAGGGCUGUUACUGGACACUGGAUCCAAACAGCGAGAAGAUGUUCGAUAAUGGAACCUUCAGGCGGAAGAAGAAGAAAAAGAAGUGUGGUGAAACCGCUGGUCACGUGACGGAACUCUCUGUAAAGUUGGAGGACAAGAAUGUCUCUCAAUCCCAGAGGUCAGAUAACCUCGAGGAAGACCAAGACCACAAGAUCAAAUCUUCCCCCGAGUCCUCUCCACCCUUGGACACCAGCCCAUGUCUCAUCAGCUUCACAUGUGCCAUGAUGGACGGCCAGCCCUCUGUGCAGAUCUCUGGGGAUAUAUCGCCCACCAAGUACUAUUUUACUGAAGUGGCCCCUGGCUCAAUUGGUAAUGACUCGGUGCAAAUUGGAGAAUCCGACUUCCUACCUCACUUAUCCAACCAAUCAGAACAGCCUGUGCUCUUCUCUGGGGGGCUCUCUCCACACUGGUCCCGUGCUGUAUAACCAGAAAGCUGAUGGACUUUAAAACACACACAGCUUCCAUUUUUGAACUAUUGUGCCUUUUUU